UCCGCACUUGGCGUGCCACAUUUCACCAACGCGACAAAACAACAUUUGAACGCUCUGGCCACGACGGUCUGAUAUAUCUUCAGCAGAUAUACAAAUAUAUACAGAUCGGAAACUUUGGAAUUGUUACAAAUACUAUCCGCAUAGUUAUAGUUGCCCUACGGUCUCCGUGCGACCAUCUGCAGCUCGUGAUGUCCGAAGCUAGCUCCAUGAUCGAGCUCCUCGGACAGGCAUAUGACCAAUUCAACACCUCGAGACCCAUCCUCUUUACCUACACACACCUAAUACUAUCAGCUUUACUUCCGAUCUUCGCUGGAUCUCACGCCUCGCUAUCCCGGCCCUCAUCAGCAGCCAAACCGAAGAAAAAGAAGUCUAAAGCUGCAGACGAUGACGACGACGAUGACGAUGAAGAGGAUGAUAUAAAGCCCAAGAUGGAAGGGUUAGAGCCCUCAGAUGCCCUUAUGUUUCCAUUGAUUGCAGGAUUGACUCUGGGUGGUCUCUAUCUUGUCAUCAAAUGGUUAGAAGACCCGGCGAUUCUCAACAAGAUCCUCAGCUUCUACUUUUCGCAGAUGGGUUUGUUUUUUGCGGCCGCGUUCUUGACAGAUGGACUUAAAGUUUCACGGUCAUUUAUAUUUCCCUCGAGAUAUACCUCUCGAGGCUAUGAAUGGAAAAUUGAACAAUCACAAACAUUAUUCAUUUCUCAUGAGGAGGGGAACCAGUCGACUAGUCAAUCUGGAGUACAGCGCAAAUCACCUCUUCCAGGCUUAAUUGGGGCCAUUCCAUUACCUGCCGCAAUAUGCAGUUUCCUGUGGACGUUUCGUGGUGUAUUAUAUCAAAAAUUGCGACUACGCGCUAGAAUACUCAGUCUUAUUAACAUCAAGACGCGGUUCGGUAUUCUUGAUACUAUUGGAGCAGCCAUUGCGUUGGCUGCUGUUGCAUAUUUCGCAUUUUUUGCAAAGCCAUGGUGGCUUACUAAUCUUUUAGGAUUCAGCUUCUGCUAUGGUUCUCUACAAUUCAUGUCGCCAUCAACUUUCCUAACUGGCACUUUGAUCCUUGUUUCGCUGUUUUUGUACGACAUUUAUUUUGUCUUUUUUACACCGUUGAUGGUAACAGUGGCGACCAAACUAGAUGUUCCCAUCAAACUCUUAAUUCCUCGCCCUUCCGACCCUAUGGCAGAUCCCAAUGAGAUUUCUUUGGCCAUGUUAGGGCUAGGCGAUAUUGUUGUACCGGGUAUGAUGAUCGGCCUCGCGCUACGUUUCGACCUUUACCUGUAUUACAAGUAUAAGGGGCUGAAGAAACCCGAAAGUGCGGACUGUGAGCAAAAUGACACGAAACCAAUUUACCAAACCGCAACUGGAGGAUGGGGCGAACGAUUCUGGACUAAAUCGAAACCCACCCAAUUAUCAUUACUCCAACCUCCUUAUCCAGAUGCACAGGCCUUUCCCAAGCCAUAUUUCUACGCCAGCCUUAUUGGAUAUAUAGUGGGCAUGAUCGCAACUCUUCUGGUGAUGCAGUACUCGAACCAUGCCCAGCCCGCGCUGCUUUAUCUAGUACCGGGCGUUCUCAUUUCCUUGUGGGGUACCGCAUUUUAUAGGGGAGAGCUGCCUUUUAUGUUGGAGUUCUCGGAUAUGAGUGAAGAUGCCGAGGUUGAUUCGAAGACGGAGAAAGACAAGGAUAAUGAAAAGGGAAAAUCAGAUAAUAAACGAGGAUUGUUUGCACGUAUCUGGGCAGGCGAUGUCAAAGCUCCAUUUGACAUAAGCGAAACAAGGAAAGGUCAAGAAGGCGAAAGCAAAAAGGAGACAUCGAAGACAACUUCUGGGGACGAGACUUCUAUGGGUAAUAGUUCCAAAGGUGUGUCUAAGAAAACGGAUGAGCUAGAUGAAAGGUGCCUAUUUUCAUUGUCCAUUUCUCUGCCAAAGAAGGCCCCGGACUUGCAGAAGCUUUGUGAAGGCAGUGUUCAUAAAGAUUCCUCGAAAAAGAAGCUUUAGACUAGUGAGCUCCUAUGCUGCCUGGCGUUUCGUUAUGUAUGCAUUUCGGGCGUUUUCUUAUGUGAUCAGAAUUAAAGUCUAUCUUUUGAUCGCACACAUGCUGGGGUCGAUUGAUCUAUACAUACCGAUUAAUGUAAAGUAGAUAUAUCAAUUAAGGUGUUCUAUGGUAAUCUGAUUCAGUUUGAAAUGGG